UUUUCCUUCUCUCCCCCUCCCUGUUAUCACUCCUCCCUCUCCCAGGAUCCUAUCCGGCCUCUCCCACUGCAGUCUCUCUCCACCGGCCUCAGUCUCUGACCUUCAGCUAGCCUGGGACCAUGCAAGCCUGUCUGCCCAGGUCAUAUCUAACCCCGGUGAGAGAUGAGGAGGCAGAGUCUCAGAGGAAGGCCAGGUCUCGCCAGGCCAGGCAAACCCGCAGAUCCACACAGGGUGUGACCCUGUCUGAACUGAAGGAGGCUCAGAGGACCUACAGUCUGUCUCCUCUGGACAGAGACAGACAGACAGAGGAUGGAUGUAGUAGACUGACUGACAGGUCCUGUCUGCCGGGGAGAGGGUCUACGGAGGACAGAGGAGAGGCCAGGUCCAGCCUGGCCCAGUAUGUGGAGACAGAGGAUCACAGUCCUACAUGGAGCAGGGAGCUAGACGAGCUUGGAAAUCAUAGAUCAAGGCUGGAGACCAUGGAGGCAGAGUAUUCCACUGCAGGACCAGGGCUCAUAUCUCCCUCUGCCAGUGGGCUCUAUACCCUGCCUUUCUCCUCCAGCCUGGCCAUUCGCACAUUCUCCAAAGAAGUUGAAUGGAAAGAUGAAAACCAGAACCCCGUUGAGGAUCCCUCCAAACGUGGCCUCGCCACAAGAGAGAAACAUCUUUGCUUCUGUGACCAAGAGGCCGAUGAAACCUACCAGACUUUUAAGCAUGACAGGGCAUCAAGGUUGGACUCUGGUGGUGGGGACAGCAAGGCUGAACCCCUGGGCAGAACCAGCUCCUACACACGGAGGGAGACCAGACUGGCAGCAUUGAACAAGCAGGAGGAUGACACCAGCCCCAGGGACUACAAGAAGAUGUAUGAAGACGCCUUGGCAGAGAAUGACAAGCUCAAGUCCCGGCUGGAUGACAGCAAACAUGAGCUGACCAAGAUCCGCUCCCAGCUGGACAAAGUCAACCAGAAACAGGACAGAAUAUCUGAAAGAUCCACUGUACUUGAAUCAGAAAAAAGGGAAAAACAGGCUCUGGAGAAGAGGGUAACAGACAUGGAGGAGGAGCUCAAGCAGGAAGCUGCCCCAGUGAGAAAUUUCCGCUGUGGGUACCAGCCCUGAGCCCCAAGCAUGAGGCAGGCUGGCUCAGGGCCAGGGAGGGGGGACGGGACGGUGAGUGGUCUGGUCGCCACCGAGAAGUGAUUGACACCUGCCUGUCACCUCACCUCUUUAGAGACCUAGGCAUGAACACAUGUCUGUGCACACAAACAUACACAUUGCACACGUUAGAGUACAUACACCAGAUACUUAUGUAAAGUCAUAUCCCAGCAGGCUGGCUGUAAUGUCAUUACAACAAGAAACCAGGUUGCUUGGAUGUCAUUGCAACCAGUUUUGCUCACUGGGAUAGAGAUAUGCACAUGCAACAUUAUACUGACAUGCUUUUCCCCUAUUCACAUAUUCUGGUGUGUUUCUAUACUUUUCCCUGUGCCACAGUGUCUGUCCAAUGUGUGGAAAUUCUGGUUACUCCCUAUGGCUCACUGAUCUUUGGUUUUCUUCUUUUGAAUAAAGGGCUAGGAUUAUUCCUGUCAGCCUCUGAAACUUCAGCUCUGGCAACAUUUGGGAAUUUAUCUACAGGGCUUAGUGAAGUCAGCUCUGGUAGAUAUCAAAGAGAUCAAGAGCGUUAAAACACCAUGAUGGAUAACUAUGCAUUCUCUCUCAAUCUCACCCCUCUGGCUCUCUCCUCUACUCUCUCUCUCCUCUCCAAGAUAAACUUUUCAAUGGUGGUCCUUCAGAACAGUGUGUUGUGAAAGGCUUACCGAGACAGCACAGAGGAACAGUCUUACAUAUCCAUGAAUUUUUCAGUCCGAGUAAAGGCAGACUUGAAAUGGUUUCCUCCUAAGUGCCCUGGGGUGUUAGCAGCUGGAUCUCCUCCAUCUCUUUCUCCCUAGUCUUCUCUCUUUCUCUCUAGCCUUCUUCUCCUCACUGGGCUUCUCUCUUCCUUUUCCCCCAGCUUUUCCCUUCCCUUCAGGCUAAUCUUAACUUCUUCCUGUUCUACCUGACUUUCUUCUCUUCUCUGGGUUGCUGAGGGGAAGCCUCUGAAGCCACUCUCUGAGCCACAUGGGGCUCGACUUUCCUCUGUCUCUGUGUGUGUGUGCUGCCUCCUUGCGUGCCUGUGGUUUCCCUUAGGAACGGCGUCAAUCACCAGACCUGAUGUUUACCUCAGUCUUGACAGGGAACCCAGGGAAAUUAAUAAUAUCCAUUUUCCUAUAACUUAUUGAGCUCUCUUACUUAUGCUGAAAUGUAAUGUUAUAUUGAAAGUCCCCUGCCCACUUCUCACCCCAGCAUGACUGACAAGCUAUGUAAUCCAUACAGCAUCUCCCCAGCCACUGCCUUUUUAAAACUGCCCAGGUUUGUGGAGAGCAGAACUAAGGAUAGCUCCUUGCUGUGCUUAGCUUUUCUUUUGCAUAUAUUUUUCUUGUUUCCUUUUACAGUAUCUAUUUGUGUGAAUGUUGUUGAGGAGCUCCUCAGUGUGUACGUCUGCCUCUGUGCGUGAUUGUGUGUGUUUAUAUCUCGGUCUCCUCCCAUGCACUGGCCUACCCCCCUGCUCUGUCUUUCUGUCUCUCCAUCUUCCUGUGUGUAUAGGCCCUCCCUGUUCUGGCACUGCGGAGCGGCAAUGAGCGUCUCUUGGCUGAGAACAGGGCCAUGCUGCGUGUCCUCGCCCACCUUUCCCAGAUGGCCUCCCUGCCUGAUACAGAGGACCUCUAACCCCCCUUGUCCCCCA